AAGUGUCCGGACUGGAAGGGGGUGAAAGUGUCUGGAGUGGAAGGGGGUGAAAGUGUCUGGAGUGGAAGGGGGGAAAGUGUCUGGAGUGGAAGGGGGGGAAAGUGUCCGGACUGGAAGGGGGGGAAAGUGUCCGGACUGGAAGGGGGUAAAAGUGCCCGGACUGGAAGGGGGGGAAAGUGUCUGGAGUGGAAGGGGGGGAAAGUGUCCGGACUGGAAGGGGGUAAAAGUGCCCGGACUGGAAGGGGGGAAAGUGUCCGGACUGGAAGGGGGGGAAAGUGUCCAAACUGGAAGGGGGGAAAGUGUCCGGACUGGAAGGGGGUAAAAGUGUACGGACAGGAAGGGCGGGAAAGUGUCCGAACUGGAAGGGGGUGAAGUGUCCGGACUGGAAGGGGGUAAAAGUGUCCGGACA